CACGUAUUUUGUAUGUAGACUUUUGGAAAUUUUCUGUCUUCUAUUAAACGGUUAUUCACUGUUCCUUGUUCAGUCUUGAAGUUGAAGUGAUAUGGAGGGUCCUGAGGACAGUGGCAGGGAAGAAUUAAGUGUUGGCAAGGAAGCUGUUCAUGAAAAUACUGCUGGCGACGACGCAACCACUAGUGAGACAAAAAAUGAGGGAGGAGAUAGUUCAAAAGGAAGUAGCAGGAAAAAGCAUAAAUGUCCCUAUCCUUCAUGUUCUGCAGAAGUAGUUCAUCUUCCACGUCACAUGUUACAACAGAAACACAACUGGGAACAGACCGAUGCCCGUGGUGUCCUUAAUAUGUUUGGUCUGCGCUGUGAGAAGCAAACUAAAGCAAACAAAAGAAAGCGUGUAUUUAAACAAAAGAUGUGCCCUGUCUAUAAGUGUAAAGCUGUGGUGAAGCGGAUACACAACCAUCUCACCGAUUACCAUAAGAUGAAGCGCACUAGCAAAGUUUACAAGCGGUGUUUAGCUGAAGCAGUUCGGUAUGACAGAAAGGAUAUCUCGUCAUCAGAAUCAACACCAUCAGAGAGCGGCUCAUCCGAGGAGGACAAUGCGGUUGCAAGUAGGGGUAAACAACGGCGGCUGGAAAAAGCUAAAAAGUCAAAAGGGUUCUUUGAACAAGUGUACCCCAGUGAGGAAGAAAGUGAGACGGAGGAAUUUGUCCCAUAUCCUGAAAUCUUCCAUGAGAAAAAGAUGAACAUAUCGUACAACCCGGCCGAGAAUGACUGUGAUGAACAGUCAGAAAGUGAAGGUUCCAUAUUGAGUAAGUCCGAAAUUGAUGAGUCCUGUGGUGAAGAGAAUGAGAAUCCUGACUGUAUUGAUAAAAGCGGUGUGGAAGAUGUUGAAGAAGUUCCAGUUGCCACUGUGUCCCCACCAUCGCAGCAAGAUCUUUUUAAUAAUUUUGAAGCGUGGCUUCAAGGACCGGAUGGUGGAAGAAAGGAAGAACGAGUUGCUCGCCAGUGCUCCAGGCAAAUUCAAAUGGUAGUCGAGUAUAUUGAUAAAGAAAAACGGGACUUAAAAAACAUACUUCAAAAGCAUAUUUUGAGAGACAAAUGGCUCACUCAAUUUGAAAAGGAUAAACGACCGGGCACUGUGAAGUCCUACCUUGCUUCCUUGAACCACUUCUACGUAUUUCUAAAGUGCGAAAAUCCUCCGCAAGUUGAUGCAAGUGAAGAAAUGUUAAGUUGCUUGUCUUCCCAAGUAAAGUUGUGGAAUAAGUCUUUUCAAAGGCUUGUCAAAGAUCGGUUCUGGGAAAAGAGACUAGAAGACAUGGAGCAACUAAGAACGCCAGAACAAGUUAAAGAGUUUGAUGUGUCGAGUGUAGCAAGAUCUGCUAUUAAAAUUCUUGGGGACUAUCAAGAUAUGGCAUGUAAUGCAGUGCCAAGCCAAGCUGAAUACACUUCUGUCAGGGACUAUCUUCUCACUUUACUAUGCAUUAACAACGGCAGUCGAGCAGGUAGUCUGGCGAACAUGACACUUGGCGAAUUUCAGAAGGCAAAGAAAGAAGAAGAUUGUUUUGUUGUGAUGGUGAAGAGACAUAAGACGUUCACAACACACGGCCCGGCAAACGUUACCAUGUCAUCGUCCCUGCAUUAUUGGAUAAAUCUUUAUGUGGUAAAGUUUAGAAAUACCCUUGAAAAUCCACCGAAAGAAGAUGCUGCACCAUUGUUUCUCUCCACAAACAGUCGCCCAAUGAGAGCGUCCGCUGUUGGUUCUCAGAUAGGCAGCUGCUGGGGAAAAGUGUUUGGGAAAGACCUCGGAGCUGGUGGUGCUACAGCCUUCCGGAAAGCUGCUGUGUCCGCAGUACACCGAAGUGAUGCUGGGCAGAGAGAAAAGUUGGCUGGCUUGAUGGACCACCAUAAGUCUACUGCUGAUAAGUACUAUUUGCUUCAGAACAAAACAAAAUCUGCGGUCCAAUCUUCCAAAUACCUAUCUCGAUUGAUGCAUAUCCACAAGCCGUCCAACGAAAGUGAACCAGGAAAUGUUCCAUCAACCUCAAACAUCGAUGCACAAGGAAGUCCACCAAAGGAGAAUGAAGGCGAACAAGCAAGACGCAGAUGGACGCCGGAAGAAACUUCUGCAGUGAAAUCGGCUUUCUUGACCAACAUUGAGAGCAGAGCAAUAACAAUGAGUGAAGUGCGAGUUGCUAUUAAAGAUCAUCCCAUUCUUGGUUGUAUUUCGCCGUAUAAAGUGCGAGACAAAGUCCGAGCUUUGUUUGAGGAAGAAGGGACAAUACCACUAGGUGAUCUUCCCAGUGAGACUCCACAACAGCGUCUAACCAGAAUUGGAGUUGAUGGUAUUGAGAGCAAGAAAGAUGAGAACUCAGAUAAUGGAAGUGAGAGUUUGUUUACACCAAGUGUGGUUUUGUCAACUAACCCGUCCAAAAAAAGUGCCUCAAAGCUAUUUACAGAUGAAGAAAACGCUGUCUUUAAGAAGACUUUUCAAAGGUUGAUAGAAACCAAGCAGUCCAUUUCGCAGAAAUUUGUCCGGGAAAAAAUGGAAGCUGAACCAGUGUUGAAACCUCUGUUGGAGAAAUACACGACAGUUCAAUUGGCAGACAAGGUUAGAACUGAACGGAGAAUCUAUGGACGCAAUUCACGGUAAUUAAAUCUCUCAUGGAAAACAUUUACUACAGAUUUAUAGUAGUUUUUAUUUAGUUAGUAUAGGUAACAGUAUGAUUUCGAAUGCAAUUACGGAUUAACGAGCACGAGUGAGUUUUUAAAGCCAAAAUAGCGCAAGUCCGAAGGACGAGCGGUAUUUGCAGUCUUUAAAAACUCACUAGUGCAUGUUUAUCCACAGUUGCACGAGAAAUUAAAGAAUUAAAAUUAGUUGCACGAGAAAUUGCUUCGAGGCAAUAAAUUAAUGACCUUAUCCAUUAUAUGUCCUUGAACAUUUUAUUUCGAAUUUAAUUAGUUUAAACGAUUUAUACAAGUAAUGAGUGGUCUGUCCAAG